AUAGCUUGUCCUCCAUAAAUUUGUAGCUAAAUUCAAAGAUGAUAUCAUCUCUGUUUUGCCUUUACAUUGCAGCGAUUGUUCUUCAAACGGUCGCUAAAUCACUUCCAGGAAAGUCUGUGGAUUUGGCUAUCUUCCAGAAAAACCUUCACGGUGUUCAUGUUGCGUUUCAAAAUUCCGCCAAAACAAAUGGUUACUUGUUGACGGAAACGCAUUUUGAAACAAAAGUUAAAACCAUCUGUACACAGACAGGAUGUUCGUCAUCUGCAAAAGAAAAAAAUGACCAUACAGAGAAUGACAGGGAAUGUCCGAAGGACUGGAAAACAUUCUCAGGAAACUGUUAUAUGCUGCUGUCUGACAAAAGGACCUGGGAUUCAGCAAAGAGCAAAUGCAAAACACUCAAGGCAAAUUUGAUUGACAUAACAUCAGAAAGUGAAAAUCGAUGGCUUUAUAAGACAUUUACAGAUUGGAAACAUUUUCUUUGGAUGGGUGCUACAGACAGACCAAAGGAGGGGGAGUGGAGGUGGUCCUCCUCUGGCAAGUUGUUGACGUAUAAUGCUUGGGCUAAAGGAGCACCCAACGAUCCAAGUGGCAAAGAAGACUGUGGUUAUAUUUUUAAAAGUGGAGGAAAAUUCACUUGGAGCGAUACACCAUGCAAUGGCCACGCUCAAACUAUCUGCAAGAAAAAAGCAUAGACAAGGUGGAAAAAGAUUGAUAACGCUUGCUGAAUUAAAUUGCUACAUUGAUUAUUAAUUUUACAGAUUGUCAGCAAGUUGUUAAUGAACUCUUUCUGACCAGCACAGAAAUCACUUCUAUAGUCAAUAUAAAUUCCUAUAGACAAUUUAAUCAACAUGAACAGUUUAAACAUAGUAUACCUUGGAUAGUGUUGUCUUUCAACGAGUACAGUAUUAACAAAUUUCAUUCUUUUUACACAGCAUUCAGUCAUGAGUGCCGAAGGUCAAAAUUGUAGUGGAACUGAA